GCUGCGUGCGAUUAUCUCUGGGGAUCAUCCUCGUCAUUAUAGAGAGGCUGCGCGAACAAUGCCCUGCUGAAAAAGGAUUCUGGUCAAGAUGCUGCGGCGUGCAACUGCAGCCCUCUUCCUCUUGGUGAUUGCUACUUCCAUGUCGCAAUUCACUCAGGAAUUAACAAGCACCAAUCGAGAUGGCGAAGUGAUUUUAAGCAUCAGCGACGAACAAAAAAUUCAGUACUUAAGCCAAAACUUUGAAGCAGAUGCAUACAAAUAUGGUUACGAUGUCAAUCCACAUGGACAAUUUCAUCACGAAAUACGUGGCCUACAUGGGAUUACUUAUGGAUGUUAUGGCUACGUUGAUCCCGUUGGCCAUCUAAAAACAACAUUUUAUAUCAGUGACGGAUGGGGUUAUCGCGUUGUUCAACCAGGGAAGGACGUGGAACUUUUCCUUCACAAGCACGAACAUCAUGAGAACGGAGACAAACAUGAUCAUCACGAGCAUCAUGGUGUGAUUACAUCAUGGCAAGAGUUACAUUUUCCCAUGGUGUGUGCGCAAUACACAAAUACGAACAUUCCACCAAAUGAAGGAACAGCACCUAUUGGAAGCGGAUCAAUGAUUGAAACAAAACCAAAUCGACCUCCUUAUACGCCUGACUCAUCAGGACAUCCGGGCAUUCCCGAUAUUCCAAGUACACCAGGAAAACCAGGAACGCCGUCAUAUCCAGGACAUCCGGGUAUUCCUGGCAUUCCCGGUAUUCCAAGUACACCAGGAAAACCGGGAACGCCGUCAUAUCCAGGACAUCCGGGUAUUCCUGGCAUUCCCGGUAUUCCAAGUACACCAGGAAAACCGGGAACGCCGUCAUAUCCAGGACAUCCGGGUAUUCCUGGCAUUCCCGGUAUUCCAAGUACACCAGGAAAACCGGGAACGCCGUCAUAUCCAGGACAUCCGGGUAUUCCUGGCAUUCCCGGUAUUCCAAGUACACCAGGAAAACCGGGAACGCCGUCAUAUCCAGGACAUCCGGGUAUUCCUGGCAUUCCCGGUAUUCCAAGUACACCAGGAAAACCGGGAACGCCGUCAUAUCCAGGACAUCCGGGUAUUCCUGGCAUUCCCGGUAUUCCAAGUACACCAGGAAAACCGGGAACGCCGUCAUAUCCAGGACAUCCGGGUAUUCCUGGCAUUCCCGGUAUUCCAAGUACACCAGGAAAACCGGGAACGCCGUCAUAUCCAGGACAUCCGGGUAUUCCUGGCAUUCCCGGUAUUCCAAGUACACCAGGAAAACCGGGAACGCCGUCAUAUCCAGGACAUCCGGGUAUUCCUGGCAUUCCCGGUAUUCCAAGUACACCAGGAAAACCGGGAACGCCGUCAUAUCCAGGACAUCCGGGUAUUCCUGGCAUUCCCGGUAUUCCAAGUACACCAGGAAAACCGGGAACGCCGUCAUAUCCAGGACAUCCGGGUAUUCCUGGCAUUCCCGGUAUUCCAAGUACACCAGGAAAACCGGGAACGCCGUCAUAUCCAGGACAUCCGGGUAUUCCUGGCAUUCCCGGUAUUCCAAGUACACCAGGAAAACCGGGAACGCCGUCAUAUCCAGGACAUCCGGGUAUUCCUGGCAUUCCCGGUAUUCCAAGUACACCAGGAAAACCGGGAACGCCGUCAUAUCCAGGACAUCCGGGUAUUCCUGGCAUUCCCGGUAUUCCAAGUACACCAGGAAAACCGGGAACGCCGUCAUAUCCAGGACAUCCGGGUAUUCCUGGCAUUCCCGGUAUUCCAAGUACACCAGGAAAACCGGGAACGCCGUCAUAUCCAGGACAUCCGGGUAUUCCUGGCAUUCCCGGUAUUCCAAGUACACCAGGAAAACCAGGAACGCCGUCAUAUCCAGGACAUCCGGGUAUUCCUGGCAUUCCCAGUAUUCCAAGCAGACCAGGACAACCAGGAACUCCGUCAUAUCCAGGUCAUUCAGGAACACCAGGAACGCCAUUAUAUCCAGGGAAUCCAGGAACUUCUGGCAUCGCUGGUACUCCUGGCAUCCCUGGUACUCCAGGCAUUCCUGGAACACCAGGGUCACCAUUAUAUCCAGGGCAUCAAGGAAUUCCUGGCAUCCCUGGACAACCUGGAAUUCCAGGCAUACCAGGAAAACCAGAUCCAGGGCAUUCAGGAACUUCUGGCACUCCUGCUAUUCCAAGCAUACCAGGAAAACCAGUAACACCAUCGUAUCCUGGAUAUUCAGAGAUUCCAGACUUAUCCGGUAUACCAGAAACACCAGACAAACCAGGAACGCCGUCAUAUCCUGGACAUCCAGGAACUCCAGGCAUUCCUGGAAUUGUCGAAUUAUAUCCAACAUAUCCUGGUAUACCAGAAACUCCGGGAACACAAGAAAAACCGGGAACAUCAUAUCCAGGACACAUAGGAAUUAGUAUCGCUAGCACAUCAGGAAUAUCCGAAAAUUUAGGAAAACCAAUAUUGUCAUAUCCUGGAUAUCCUAUUUAUCCUGUUAUAUCAAAACCACCUAAUGUACCUUUACAUUCUGAGACGUUAGGUAAACCAGAUGAUUUAUUAUAUCCCGGGAUUGCCAUUACACCAAAUAGGCCAAGCAUUUCUUUCAAGCCGAGUGAACCAGGUUAUCCAGGUUAUCCAGAAUAUACAGAAGAUUCAAAGAAUCCAGAAGGGCCAAUAGGACCUGAGGGUCCAGUGGGAAGUAUAGGUCCGAUUGGUGAUAUUGGUGGCAUUGGAGGUAUCGGUGGCGUUGGUCCUGAUGGUCCCGACGGACCAUGGCCAACCGGUUCCCCGGGUCCUGAUGGACCAUGGCCUGGUGAUCCAGAUUACAUACCCGGAAUAAAACCAACAAGAAAACCUUCUCAUAAAAGUUCAAUAAAUCAUCCUACCAUUGAGUCAUUUGACACAGACAGAUAUAACUCCAUCUCGAAAUAUAGUUUUAAUAAUAAAACUGAUUCUUCGUAUACGAACUAUACUCUAAAAGAUAUCAAAUUGUCGAAGUUGUCAUAUCCAACAAAAGUUAAUACAUCAUUAUAUAUAAAGCAAAGUCAGUAUAGACCUCAAUACGGGACUCAAUCCACAUCGUCAAUCUAUGGGGAAAAGGAAACUACGUACAACGCAAAUAAAAUUAAUUCACUGUUGCAAACAGAUCUGACACCGUCAUCAUUAAAAUAUGAGAUUGAAGAUUAUCAAUAUACAGAUGUGUUGAAACCGAAUUCACAAUUUUAUGAUCAUUUGAUACAUACAGAAUCGCAACAAAUAAGGAAACCUUCGAAAAAUAACUUGAAGCAAUUUUUUGUGCACGAUCGGGAUCAGUAUCAAAAGUCAAUAUUUUAUCCAUCUUAUAACUCACAACAGCAAAAGCCUCUUAAAGGCUCAGAUCAAUCUGAUAAAUUAAAACAACAAGAAGACAAAUUUAAUGUGGAUGGACAAUAUAAUAAUUCUGCCGAUGUGGAUGGCAAAUUGAUUUCUAACGUGUCAUUUCAAUCGGAUGGACCUUCCUCUGCUCCGAACAGACAGGUAAAUGCACGCCUUGAGCAGACAUUCCGGAUGAAUCCCGUUCUCGAUGCUAUACGGGUUCAGCCGCCCAGCUCCAUCAACGUCAAGCCCUUAUCGUUACCUGUAGGGCCAAAUUCACAAGCAUGUCCCUGUUACUUAGUCGAGUCGAAUAACAACACAAACGUAGCAACCAGCUCGACUCUCACCUCUAUCAUUGGGCAAUUAGGAUUCAUUCCUGUUAUCUUCGUACCAUACUGUCCUGGCAAAGAGAUGGACAGCAAUAAGAUGAAACUUAUGUUCCCGUCCGCUACUCCUGUUCCAUAUGCAUGCGACACAUGUGAUACACAAGACAACAAAUUUGUUGUAAAAGCGCUCGAUAUAAAUCAACUUGGCAAUCUCGACUAUCUCAAAGAGGCAUUAUAUCAAUCCAAUCUUGGCUUUUUGAAUGUUCCAGUUAAAACCAACAUCGAGCGAAGAAGAAAGGCGAAAUGAGGAAUGUAACACUAACUUAUUAAGCUUAAGUUGCGAUCGUUCUAAAAAGAGCUUAUCUUCUCCCGGAGAAUAGAA